AGUACUAUCACUUCCCUCUAAUUGCGCUUGUUGAACAACUUCAGCAGCGGGUUCUUAUUCUUUUCCUCGAUAAUCAUUCAAUCAUGUCUAAAAGACCAGGAAAUGAAAAUGGCGAAGAAGCUGUAACCAAGAAGAACAAUCCUCAGUUAGGUGAUCCUCUAAAUAUGCUGAAAUGGAUCGACGAAAACAAGAGUUCCUUUCUCCCGCCAGUAUGCAACAAAUUAAUGUAUGGUGCAGGGCAGUUAAAGGUGAUGUGUGUUGGUGGACCAAAUGUCAGAAAAGAUUACCAUAUUGAUGAGGGAGAAGAGUUCUUUUACAUGGUUAAAGGAGACAUGAACUUGAGGAUUAUUGAGAGAGGAAAACCAAAAGAUGUAAUCAUAAAGGAGGGAGAGGUCUUUGUGCUCCCAAGCAGGAUACCACACUCGCCUCAACGGAAGGAGAACACUGUUGGAUUGGUCAUUGAAAGAGAGAGACUUCCUGAAGAAACUGAUGGUCUAAGGUAUUUUUGUGACGAUGGUGUGACACCUCUUUGGGAAAGAUGGUUUCAUUGCGAAGACCUUGGUACGCAGCUGGGACCAAUCAUCAAGUCAUACUUUUCAUCAGAAGAAUACAAAACAGGAGUCCCAACCUCUGAAAAUGUUUCCAAGGAUCCUCCUGUCAAGGUUGACCUUGAAACUGAAGUCAGUGAACCCUUUUCACUGAAAGAGUGGAUUGCUGAACAUAAAAGUGACAUUAAAUGUGGAACAAAGGAGCUGUUUGGUAAAGGAGAGUUCAAGAUAAAUGUUCAUGGUGAAGGGGAACAAACUGGUGAAUGGCAAGGGGAAACAUGGCUUUAUCAAUUGGAGGGAGAUACAACUGUCUCAUUAAACGGUGAAACAAAAAAGAUUUCCAAAGAUGAUGUUCUUCUCAUUCCAUCGGGUGCUAAGUACACUGUGAAAAGAUCCAAAGGUUCAAUUGGUCUGAGUGUUGUUAUGGACCCAAUGGCUAACAAGUAAAAACAUGCUUGGCUGUAGUAUAGAGGAAGAAUUCAAAAGAAUGUCUUAACCUUUACACUCUGAUAUCAGUAUGCAAGUUCUCUACACUUCUCUAUACAUUUCCCAAGGUACUUUACAUGAGAAUUUGUCUAAUAAUCAAAACCUUCUUUAGUUUGCAAUCAUUUGGCAUGACCAUAUUGUUUGAUUUAGUGGCAAAUAGAGAAAUGAAAUGCUUAUUACUUGUAGGACUUGAUGGGUAGAGAUGCUUCACCAAUUCUCUCUUCUCAAAACUCAUUGUGAUCUUUUGACUCACGAGUGAAUAGACAGAUAAUACGAAUAACGAAGAAAAUCAACCUGGGGAUAUUUUUUUUAAAAAAACAAAAUUCUGUUUACCUCGCAUUGAAGAAAUGUUUGGUAUUAGUGACGAGAAUUUGAUAUCAGAUAUCAAGGGGGAAGAUAGUUAGGAUAAAAUAUUGCGUAGCAAUGUAAGGUAUUGGUGAGGAUAAUUUAAUAUCAGAUCUCAAGGGUCAGGAGUUUAAAUAAAAAUAUUGCGUAGCAAUUUAAGGUAUUAGUAAAGAUAAUUUGAUAUCUAUUGGUCGCCACACAUUACCUAUUGAAUAAGUACGAGAGUUUAGUCUUGUUUAAAGGUAACACCAUCUGGAUGAUGAAUUUGUUUUCUCUCGUUACUUUUUCAGGAAGUGAUGUUUUGAUAUUGUAGGGAGAAAUUUCAGGUUAAUGAUCUCUGGGAGUUGAAGGAGAUCCGGUUCCCAGAACUCAAACGUCAAACGCUUGAGUAGAACUUAAGAAUAACUUUUUUGCUGAGGGUUGAGGAAAUGAAAAUGAAAGGGUGGGAAACGGUUUAACUGACUUUUCAAGGGAAAGUAAUUUUUAAGGAUGCCUCAAUACAAGAGGGACCUGCUGUUUAUCAUAAAGCAGUCAAAUUUUUUUCAUUUUUAUACUUUACGGAGACUCAACCCCUGGGAAAACUUUUUUGAAGGGUUCUUUUUUACAUAUAUUUAAAUGGAUCAUACUUUUGUUAUGAACAAGAGAAACCUACUGUUUACUCGGGUCCUAAAUAGAGUGCCAAAGUUUUGAAGAAUUUUUUUUAACUUUGAGUUAUAUUUGACUACUGUAACAUUGUUAAAAAAAAAUGGAAAUGAUUCAGUUAUUCCUUGUUGGAUUAUGUUGUACCACCCUGAA